AUGGUCUAUGAGACUUAUAAUAAAAUCACGAGCGAAGAUGAAUUUAUGCGAAUGUUCCGAAUAUAUCGGACAACUCACGAAAUGCUCAAAGAUAGGGGAUAUGUUGUCCCGGAAGGUUUUGACAAAUAUAAUUAUUUCCAUCGACAUUGUGUCCGGGAUGGUGAAUUAGUUAAAGAGCUGAUGAUGUUUCAAGUUCAAAAAGAGCAUUAUCCUGGUGACCGUAUCUUGGUUCUUUUUCCUGAUAUUAAAACCAUUGGGAUUAAUUACAUGAAAGACGUUUGCGUUCGUUUGAGAGAUCUGGAGAUAGGUAAAGCGAUUAUCGUAUAUCCCGGCACGUUUACCAUACAAGCGAGUAAGGCCGUUCAAAGCAUGAACGCUACCGAAGAAAGUUUAUACAAAGUUGAGUUAUUUUCCGAGAGAGAACUAGUCGUGAACAUAACACAACACGAAUUCGUGCCAAAACAUAUAGUCCUUAGUACUGAAGAAAAACGUGCGUUACUUAGAAAGUAUAAUAUCAAAGAGACUCAAUUGCCACGUAUUCAAAUAACAGAUCCAAUCUCGAAAUAUCUUGGGGUAAAGAAAGGGCAG